GUAGACUGUCGUAGUAGAGAUUUACGGUCGACUCGUCGAAAAAACGACAGAAUCACCCAGGAAACAUGGACAUGUCUGUAGUUGUCUUGGUGCUUGUGGCUGGGGUGGUGCAGUCAACACAAGCAGCUACCUGUGGCGUUGCCAAUAGUUACCGAAUCAUAGGUGGCACCGUCAGCACGCCAUGCCAGUUUCCUUGGAUGGUGUUCAUCUACAACAGCUACUACAGCAAAAUGUGCGGGGGGUCCAUCAUCGACCAGACGCACAUUCUGACCGCUGCACAUUGUGUUCUAAACACGGACAAGGCGACCAACAAAACAUAUACGACACCACCUUCGGGAAUUUUUGUGUAUUCCGGGACCUCCUCCAUGGAUAUUUCCAUUAAUUUAGACGGCGCCAUUAAAAGAAACGUAAUUUCCAUUGCCUUUCACGAGUACUACAAUCCAGACCCGAUAAUCAAUGACGUCGCCGUGUUGACGCUGUCUACACCGAUUGUUUACGAUAGGUGCCACACCCCCGUCUGUCUGGCAAAUGGCACCAAGACGCCCCAGAUGGCGACAGGAUGUAAAGCUAUGGGCUGGGGGCGUACGAUCGGCUACUCUACUGGACCUAUCUCUACCAACCUCCUCUGGGUCGACAUGCCCAUCGCCUCGGACGCCACCUGCCAGAGCACCUAUGGCCCAAAUUUCAACGGGAAAAACUUCUGCGCUGGAGCUGUUGACAAAAAUAUUUGCGCGGGAGAUUCUGGCGGUCCUCUUGUGUGCAAGGAAUCCGACGGACGCUACUACCAGUACGGCAUCAUGUCCGCCACACAAGGCGACUGCCACGUACCUAAUGCACUCUUCACCAAAGUCUCAAGUUUUCUCCCUUGGAUCAAUGGGAAAACAGUGGGAUAAAAGGUGUGCCAUGGCUAAUGUAUAACAACUCACUGCUGAAGGAAGUGUUCCUUGUCAAGAAAUAAAACCAAUUUCG